AUGUGGCGACUCCUCUGCGUGGCCUCCAUCGCGCUGCGUGCGCGUCACCACCCGCGCGCCGACCGAGCGGCUACUGCGGCCGCGGCUUUCGAUCGCGUCCACGAGGUGCCCGGAGACGGCGACUGCUUAUUCUCAGCGAUCGCGGCGGCAGAGGCGCUCGCGGUCGGCUCUAUAGUUCCAGCGGGCUCCGCUCUCUCCGCCCGCGCCGCGGAGCUGCGCUCGAGCGCAAUGGACCUGCUCUGCCCAACCGGUGUGCCAGACGGCGCGCUGACGCUUGGCGGGCUGCCUGUCGACCUACUCAUCGAGCUGCAGCCGGGUGAGGACGGCCGCGGCUACUGCUCGCGUCUGCGGCGACGAGGCGAGUGGGGCUCGACGGCGGAAAUUUUAGCGCUCUCGCGCGUGCUCGGGCGGCCAAUUUCGGUGCGCACAGACUUUGGCGAGCAGGCGUUUGGAGACGGCGAGGCGAGCGGCGCGCUCGCGCUGCGCUUUCGGGGCAAUCAUUACGACGCGGUGCGACUACGCGGCGGCGCGUGCGAGGAGACGGGCGCCGAGGAGGCUGUGGGCCGGGUGCUCGACCGGCUGCACGCCACGGCGGCGGCGGCCGACGCCGACGCUUACUUCGCGUUGUUCCGCCCCGAAGCGGUGUUCUAUGGCACGGACCCCGGAGAGAGGUGGCAGAUGGACGAGUUUCGCGCGUACGCGGGCGCGCGCUUCGCCGCUGGGGACGGGUGGGAGUACUCGGUCCGGGAGCGGCACGUCACCGUGCGUGGGGACGUGGCGUGGUUCGACGAGGCGCUCGAUGGGAAGGUCUUGGGGCCGACGAGAGGGACCGGGGUGCUGGUGGACGACGGUGCGGCUGCGGGGGGAUGGCGGCUCGCGGCGUACAGCCUCGGCAUGGCGGUGCGGAACGAGGUGGCAGGCGAGGUGGCGCGGCUGAACAAGGAGGGGCGCGGUGUGGCGGCGUCGCAGGGCGAAUAA